CUAACAGCGCCUCCAACCGGAGCCGCAACCCCAGACUCAGCCUCCACCCCGGCCCCGGCGCCACUGCUGCAGUCAUGGCUGCUGAUGGGGUGGACGAACGCUCGCCUCUGCUCUCCGCAUCCCCUUCUGGAAAUGUCACUCCCACGGCCCCACCAUACUUACAAGAAAGCAGCCCCAGAGCGGAACUCCCACCUCCGUACACAGCCAUUGCCAGUCCAGAUGCCAGUGGUAUUCCAGUAAUAAACUGCCGCGUGUGCCAAUCUCUCAUCAAUUUGGAUGGCAAGCUUCACCAGCAUGUGGUUAAGUGCACGGUUUGCAAUGAAGCUACGCCAAUCAAAAACCCCCCAACAGGGAAGAAGUAUGUUAGAUGCCCUUGUAAUUGUCUCCUCAUUUGUAAGGACACAUCACGGCGAAUAGGAUGUCCAAGACCCAACUGUAGACGCAUAAUUAACCUUGGCCCAGUAAUGCUUAUUUCUGAAGAACAGCCAGCUCAACCUGCAUUGCCAGUCCAACCAGAAGGUACAAGAGUCGUGUGUGGGCACUGUGGAAACACGUUCUUGUGGAUGGAACUAAGGUUCAACACUCUGGCAAAAUGCCCACACUGCAAAAAAAUUUCCUCUGUGGGUAGUGCACUUCCUCGAAGACGUUGCUGUGCAUAUAUUACCAUUGGAAUGAUAUGUAUUUUCAUUGGAGUUGGAUUAACUGUUGGCACCCAAGGUUUUGCAAGGCGAUUUCAUGCAACCUAUGUUUCUUGGGCAGUUGCUUAUCUCUUAGGUUUGAUCUGCCUUAUCCGAGCUUGUUAUUGGGGAGCUAUAAGAGUGAGUUAUCCAGAACACAGUUUUGCAUAA